AACUGCAAUUUUAAUUUAAACAGUUGAUUUGUCACUGUCGUAUCUGGUAACUGUAGUUUAUGUGUAUUAUUUACCUAUACAUACAUUGCUCUUAAGUUGAUGUUGGUUCAAAUUUUCGAUCAACAAUAUUAUGUUACGUAUUGUUGAUCAGGUUCAAACCAAAUGUGAGCUAGAUUUACCUGUACCUGUAUGUUAGUCGUUUUAAAGUAGGUGUGAUGUUGUAGUAGGACCAUCGUUUUAACGUUAAAAUUGGUGAAAAUAAUAUAAACUUGUGAUGUGUUUUGCAACAAGACAGGGUACUGAGCCUUUGUAAAUUAAGUGUUUGAAGAGAUAAUCAACAUAUAAAGUAUAGAUUUAUACAGGAAAAUAUACAUGAUGUCGUCGACAUACUACGAUUACUACGAUGGUAGUAAAUUGUUUCUUUUCCUUUCAAAUAGAAUUGGUCUACCUAUAGAUCUUGUUAAUUUUUUGGUAGCACAAGUAGCUGCACUAUGCCUGGCCAGACUAUUUCGGAAACCAUUACGACUUGCUUCACCAGAAUUUCGUCAUUCUGUGUGCCUUGUUAUAGGUUUGCUAAUGGGAUAUUUCUGCUUUGGCAAACAAGCGGUCCAUUUAUCGAUACUACCGAUGUUAAGUUUUAUACUAUUAAAGACGUUACCUCAUCGCAUCAUGGGAAAUGUUAUAUUGACCACGUCAAUGUUAUAUUUGUCCUGUCUUCACUUACAUCGGCAGCUCUAUCAUACGGCGAAUUACUCAUUAGAUAUAACAGGUCCUCUAAUGGUGAUUACUCAGAGGGUCACUUCACUGGCGUAUCUUCUACAAGAUAAUCUGCUUAAGAAAGAGUUGAACUGCAACAAUGCGAAAGGCGACGGUCCGGCAGCCAAAGUAGACAAGAUACCUUCCCCUCUGGAAUACUUCGCCUACACGCUCGCCUUUCAAACCCUAAUGUGCGGCCCUGUCGUCUUCUACUCUGAUUAUAUUAAAUUUAUCGAAAGUGGUCGAGUUGACGGGCAGGUUGUGAAAGACAAAUCGAAUGAGUCGGAGCCGUCACCGCGGCGCGCAGUACUGUACAAGGUGGUGGGCUCGGUAGCCGCGGCCGUCCUCUACCUCACGCUGGCGCAAAAGUAUCCGCUUACAGUUCUAGAAGAACUAACAGACCCUACAUCGGAGGUGUCUCGGUCGUGGUCAGCGGUGUACCUGCUGUGGUACGCCUAUCUCUCCACGCUAGUGGUUAGAUGCAAGUACUACCACGCAUGGCUGCUUUCCGAGGCCAUCUGCAAUAACUGCGGCAUGGGCUUCAAUGGUUACGAGGCUGAUGGCACCCCCAAAUGGGAUAAGAUGUCCAACAUUGAUGUCUUCGGUUUUGAGUUUGCGGGCAACUUCCGCACGGCUGUGUCCAGCUGGAACCGCAACACGAACACGUGGCUGCGCAGUGUGGCGUACACGCGCGGCGGCGGCGCGAGCACGGCGCGAGUGUACGCGCUCUCCGCGCUCUGGCACGGCUUCCACCCAGGAUACUAUCUCACAUUCUUUGCCGGAGGACUGUUCACAGUCGCCGCUAAGAAGGUUCGGGCCGUGAUUCGUCCGAUGUUCUUAGACAGCAGACCGAAGAAGUUAUUCUACGAUUCGUUGACGUUCAUAACGACCCGCGUCGCCAUGACCUAUGCCACCGUGCCUUUUGUUCUGCUCCAUCUUGCCCCCAGCCUGGCAUUUUAUGGGAAAUUUUACUACUCGUUACAUUUUAUUGCACUGGGUGCGUUAUUACUGCCGAGCAAGUCAGGCAGUAUGUCAAGCAGUACGUCAACACAUGAACUUCCACCGAUGUCUUCCAAAGGGAACAAGGAUUUACCCACCGAUACUAAUGGUGAUCUUAACGGUAAAUUAAAAAUGUCCUAAAAGUUGAAAUUCUUCCUAUUGAUUUUAUUGAUAUAAUUUUAUAUCUUUGUAAUAGCAAUAUUUAAAC